UUUCAUUAUAUAUAGAUUACAUUACAUAAACCCUAACAAAAACAUAUUGAAAAAAAUAAAAUAAAAAAAAUCUGAGGUCGGGGAACGAAAAUGAUGGAAGCACUGGACAUGUCACUUGAUGACAUCAUCAAAAAUAACAAGAAAUCCGUCGCUAAACCAUCACCAUCUGCUGCUAGAGGCGGUGGUAACAGCCGUCCACGUGGCCGUGGUCACGGUCGCGGUUUGGAAUCCGGACCUGGUGGUCCGACCCGACGCAUUGAUAAUCGGCUUCCCGCCCGUUCCAACCCUUACGUUGCUCCUCCUCAGGCUUAUUAUGUGCAAGAACUUGGAGGGAAGACGGCUAAUAAUUCUGAAGCAGGGACAAAGCUUUACAUCUCUAAUUUACACUAUGAAGUAACUAAUGAGGAUAUUAAGGUGCUGUUUUCAGAUGUUGGUGAAUUGAAACGUUACUCAGUUCAUUAUGAUAAAAGCGGAAGAUCAAAGGGAACUGCAGAGGUUGUCUAUAUGCGGCAGACAGAUGCUGUUGCGGCAAUGAAGAGAUAUAACAAUGUACAACUUGAUGGACAACCAAUGGUUCUUGAAUUGGUUGGAGUAAACAUCUUGACCCCUGUUCCCAUUCCUCCAAUGCAAAACAGCAUAGUGGGAAAUAAUCCUACCAACGCUCCUGGAAGCCUUCAAGGUAGAAUUGUUGGAAGAGGGCAAGAGCGUGGUGGUAAUAAUGGGAAUCAUGGUACUGGUAGGGGCCGUCCAGAGAAAAUAUCAGCUAAAGACUUGGAUGCCGAUUUGGAAAGCUUCCAAGGUAAAAGAAUUGUCGGAAGAGGGCAAGAGCGUGGUGGUAAUAAGGGGAAUCAAGGAUCUGGCAAGGGUUGUAGUCGUCCACAAACAGUAUCAGCUAAAGACCUGGAUGCGGAUUUGGAUAGGUAUCGACUUCAAGCAAUGCGUAUAAAGUAGCAAUGACUCUUUUGACCUUUAGCUUCACCACAAUGGAACUACAUUUCUCCAAGGCAUGUUGAAACCAACCAAGAUAUCUUGUAUUAGCUAUGUAGACUACUGACAAAUAUCCAAAAGGCAACAACCAGCCAGCUUAAUUUGUUUUGUGGUUAUCAGUCAUCACAUAUGAUGUUUACUGGUACAAGCUGAUUAACCUGCUAAAGCUUUUUGUUCAA